AUGCAGCUGGCAGUAGUGGAGUGUGUGCUUCUCCUCCUGUGGAAUGUGACGGCCGCGAAGUGCGCCCUGGGCUCCGCCGCGCUUGUGGCGACGUUUUGGGCGUUUAUCUUCAAACCGCUGCUGCGGCGGUUUCGGGCCUCGGCGUGGGGGCGGCAGCAGGCGGCGGCGGGAACUACCGCCACCACCGCCGCGGCAGCAACAAGAGCCGCAGGGCGGAGAGCCUCACCGUCGCGGAAAUCCUCAACGCCGCCACGGCGCGGUGAAAAGUCCGCGAGUGGUGGAAGGAAACGGGCGCCCAACGGCGAGCCACACGAGACGGACACGGCCUCCUUCGACGCUGCCGCCGCCAGCGCCGCGGCGGUCUUGAGGCGGAGCUCAUCUCCGUCGGCUUCCGUCACGCGUGAGGCGCUCUUGUCACUCUUUCGAUCGCCGGAGUUCGGCCGCUGGUACGCGUGCCACCGUGACUCUCUCCUGGAGCGGGUGCAGGUGCGGUGUGCGCAGCGGCUCUGGGAGUCGCUUGCCGUCGCGGUGGUGCUGUUGAUGGGAACGUUUUUGCUUCCUUUUUUUACCCUCAGGAACGAUGGCGCAACGUUGUGGGUCCUGCUGCGGCGUCGCACCGACAGCGUCGGACAUGUAGUGAUGAACAACGGGUGGUGGAGGAUUAUUCUUACUACGGUGACUGUGCAUGGGGAGCCGCUGCUGCUGCUUGUGGCUGCCGUAACACUCUUCACGACGGCCUUUAUGCCGGCGGAUGCGAAGGCAACGGCAUCCACUGCACUUGCCGCGCUGCUCGUGCUGCUGGUGAAGGCCGCCACGGUGGAGCCUAUGGCCUUGGGCGCCGGGUUCUUGAUGUUACUUGGCGUCAUGGCUUGGCGUGUCUCCUGCAGCAUUGGCUGA